CCACCUCAACAAGCUAUUCUUGGGCAGUUGGCUGCUUGGCAAUGAAAAUUUAGCUUCGUACAUUAAGCUUCCUUAUUUAAAAAUAAAAUUAAAAUGGGAUUUUAAUUUAAAUAAAUAAAUUUAUAGGAAACACACAAUGAAUAUGAUGAUAAUUUUACAAAUAAAAACAAAAAGAAAAAAAAUUCUACAACAACCGCAAUCACAAUAACAAGGACGAAGAGAGAGUGAAAAAUCACAGAGACGAAAAGAUCGUCUUCUGAAUCGGAACAAGGUGUUCAGGUUUAAAUUUUAAAGCAAUAUACUAGCAAUCAUGAAAUUCAAGAAAGGGAAUAAGGUGGAAGUGUUAAGCAAAGUUGAGGUGCCUUGUGGCUCCUGGCUAUGUGCAGAGAUCAUUUGCAGUAAUGGCCACCACUAUACUGUGAAAUAUGAUGGAUAUGAAAGUGACGCUGGUGAGGCAAUUGUUGAGCGGGUGUCCAGGAAAGACUUAAGGCCAUGUCCACCUGCACUUGAACUCACAGAUAAUUGGAGUCCAGGUGAUGUGGUAGAGAUCUUCCAGAACUUCUCAUGGAAGAUGGCUACAGUUUUGAAGAUAUUGGGGAAAAACCACAUUUUGGUCAGGCUACUUGGAUCUUCUUUGGAAUUUCAAGUGAGCAAAUUUGACAUUCGGGUGAGACAGUCUUGGCAAGAUGACAAGUGGAUUAUAGUUGGAAAGGGUUCUUCCAGCUGUGAGAACAGAAAACGUUCUAGCACCCAACUUCAGAAGACAUCUACAAAGACAAAACUAUCAGGUUCUGCUUACUAUCGUCCUGAAAAGAAAAAACUGAGUAUUCUGGAAUCAGAACUCAUUUAUUUUAAAACAUUGAAACGAGGAAGCAAUUCACAAGUUGAGGCAUAUGCUGAGCCUCCCCCAAAGUUUAGAGCACUUGAAAAUGAAGGCAGAUGUCACAGAGCAAGAGUUAGAAAUCCACCCACACCACUCAAACAGGUACAGGGUGUCAGUUUUCCAAGAGAUGUGAUUGCUGAAGAAUGUAUACCUGCUUCUGUAAACAACAGAAAAACUGGGAUUUCUAAUAUGAUUGACAUGGAGAGGAGGAAAGAGACUGGCACUGUGGGUUGUUCAUUUGGAGAAAACAGAGAAUCAAAUCAUGCUGAUAGUAUUACAUGCUCAGUUGGUAGUUGUAGUAUCACUAGCAGGAAUUCCUGUAAACUGCAAUUUCCUGUAUCUGCAGGUCCUUUUGAUGAUGUAGACAGUUCAUUUAGUGAUGCUGAGUCUGUCUGCCAGAGGAGUGAUGAGGAAGGGGAUUGUUCCCCUCCUACACAAGAGGAAUUGGCAGCAGAAAUUCAUAGGUUAGAGUUGCAUGCCUAUCGUUGUACAAUUGAGGCAUUGCAUGCAUCAGGCCCCUUAAGUUGGGAACAGGAAGCAUUAAUGACAAACCUCCGUCUUUCGCUCCACAUAUCAAACGAUGAACACUUAAUGGAGCUAAGAAAUUUGAUUUCUUCUGAAAACAGCAUUCCUUUAAGAUGACAGGAUUUUUUUUCCUCUUCAAUUUAGUACUUUUUCCCUAGGAUAGAGUUUCAUAAUAGUUUGAUCUCAGCCUCAUUCAACUGUAAGAAGAAAGAUGAAAUAUUUGGGUCCUUCAUUUAUGUUUUGACUUAGUGAUAUAGUUUGAUGUGAAUGUAUAUGCUGAACUGCAUGAAUAAGUGAUCAUUUCUGAACUCUUGUUAAUCUGUUCAUCUAUGAUAUAUCCUCUUAAUUUCUA